AUGCGGAGAACCCGCGCCCUACCCGCCCGGGGGCGGAGUCAGCGCCACGCGGAGUCCGCCGAGGUGCCGCGCGCAAAGCGCUGUGGGCCCUCUAGGCUGCCAUUUGUGCUCUCAGUGGGCGCGCAGAGUCCUCCAAGGGAGGCGGCCGGAGAAACACCGACCCGGCAGGAGGAAGGGAACGGCGCCGCCGUGGCGGCGGAGGGGUCGCGGGGAAAGGGGCAGGGGCGGGCGGGCGGGCGCCUCGCGCGGCCUGGGCACCUCUGGGCUGGGCUAGAAAAUGGAGGCGGGCGGGGAGGGCGCGGCGCGGCCUGUUUGCAGCGGUACCGGCGGCGCGGAGGCCUGGCCCGCGUCCCCCACGAGAACGGAGAAGCCCGGAGGAAACAAAAAAAAACCAAAAAAACCCCAAAAGCGCAGCCCGGUGCGGUUGGAGAGGAGCGGAGCGGGCUGAAGGCGGUUGGGGGGAGAGGAGAGGACGGGUGCGCUCGGAGGCGAUCGAUGUCAUAUCCAAGGAAGCUUCUCCGUCACGACGACUGUUCACGGCCGCUCUCGUUCUGUUCGCACCUUUGCCCCGGACGAGGGGAUCCCGGUGGGCGGCUGCGCGCGAGGCAGCGCCCGCAGUUGGGGCUCCGCAAAGCCGGCCGUGCUCCCGUCCGGGAGCUUCUCGGAGGGUGGGACUGGUGCUCCCCCUGCUCCCAGGGCACCGUCGCUGUCCCCGGGCGGCCGGGGGCACCUCUCGGCGGAGAGCGACACAGGAAGAGCCGGACCGCGGCGGCGCCUGGAGAGUUGGUCUCGGCUGUUGCUGGGUGGUGGAGGUGGCAUUGCCUGGCUUUGACUCUCCAUUCCCGUUUUGGUGUCUUUCUGAAAGUAGAAAAGUGUCAAAAAAGUGAACUAAUGGACUUCACUUUAUAA